UACACGUAUAUAUAGAUAGCUAUAAUACAUUGUUCGUCUUGCUCUAAUAAACAUAAUCAGCAUGUUUGUCUUAUUCAUUGAAAAGAGAUAAUAGAUAGUAGAGUAUUACGAUAUAGAUAAUCGUGUCUUUCAGUUGGACAACUUGCUAUUUCUGCGUGGAAAAACGUAUGUAACUGAGGACGUGUACUGAUUGCGUACAUUAAAUAGUUGUACAUAUGUAAAAUGUCGUUGGAGAGCAUUCGAUGACAUAAGGAAAGAUAUAUUAAUCACGGCAAUGUUAAAAAGAUUAGUUAGGGCGAUUAAUGUAAAAUGGCGAAAAUCGUAAGGACAUCCGAUUCGGUGUCUACGAUUUUAGUAUGUGAAUAUUGCACUAACCUCACGUUUAAGCACAUCCAAGAUUUCAUUAGACAUUUGAGAGAUCAGCAUUGUUCAAGAGAAGGUGGAUCAUUUGUAUGCUUGUAUGGAUAUAAUGGAGUAUGUACUAGUCUUCCAGUGGAAGGUGUUUCGGAUAAAGAUUAUGUAGCCCAUGCGACAAAGCAUGCAACAAUGCAGCAACAACGUAAAAGCAAUGGUCAGAUUCUAGAACCUGGCUCUACUUGGACUGUUUACUCAGCAAUACAAAAUCUAUCAGCUGUGUUAAAUGAUCCGUUUAAAGGGAAACAAAAUAAUUUCUUUACUCGUACAUGGGGUGACAGUUUUGUAGAAAAAGUGGAUAUUCCUAAGAGCCCUUAUCUUCCGGAAGUUACUAUGCAUCAUUUUGAAAUAUAUCUGAAAAAAUUUGCACGUAGAUGUCGUAAACACUCACGGAUGAAUUGUAGUGCAAUUAUUAGACCGACUAUUCCAAAUGAAUUAUUACAGAAUUUUCCAAAUUUGAGAAGAGUUAAAUCACAAGAUCAAAGUCAAUUUGGUUUAUCUAAUAUUCCAAAGAUAUUUUUAACACCAAAUUUAGAUCUUUCGCAGAAAGAAAAUUUUGAAGCAGUAUUUCCAUUCACAAAAGAGGGCCUAUUAGAUAAGGAAUACAAUGUAGUAUCGCAUGUUGAACAGAUGCAGGAGAAGCUAAGUCACUAUUUAGAUACGGUAGAAGUUAGAAUAGCAGAACAGGUAGCUUCUAAAUCUCAAGCAUUCUUUAAUGCAAUGACUUCUCACGAUGCUUUAAUGGAACAGCUUUCUCAAACUAUCACCGUAUUAAAAGCAUUAAGAGAAAAUAUUCACCAGGUUGACAAAUAUCUAGUCAAAAAUUCUUUAAAAGUUUUACAAUUAGAAAGAGCUCGAACGAAUCGAUUUUUAGUAUACGAAAAAUUGAAACUAAUGGCAACUGUGCAUCAAAGUCAACCAAUGAUACAAUUAUUACUUUCUACACCUGACUACGUUGCAGCAUUGGAUCUUAUAUCUACGACACAAGAGAUUUUGUUACAAGAAUUAAAUGGAGUGCAUAGCUUUCGGCACUUAAGUUCUCAAUUAACAGAAAUGGAAAAGCUUGUCAAUAAAAUGCUAACAACAGAAUUUCAGAAAUAUGCUACUGCUGAUUUAAACAGACCAUUAGACGAAGAAGAUAUUGUAUUGGAUGCAGAUAAACUUGUUUCCAUCAUUUCUGGACUACUGCGUCAAAAGCAUUUGCACUUUGUGGAGACUUACGUAUAUGAGGCUGCUACUACCAUCCGAGCUAUAAUCAAACAAAGAAUUAUAGAAGCUCUUGCAGCAAGCGAUUGUUGCAGUGAUCAACAAGCAGCAGCUCUCGAAGUCGGUGGUCUUUCCCAUGCAGAAAGGUUAACAUUUCUUCACAAUACGAUACAUUCUCUAACCAAAUUGCUAGUACGUGUCAAGGCUGUUCAUGAUGUAAUGCGCGACACUGUAGAUUUAUCUGCUGGAUAUAUGGUCGAUGGUACAUAUGAUGAAUCUAUGCCUGAUCGCUUAUUAACAAAAAGUGAACAUAUUCAUGUAACUACAGCACUUACUAGUAUGCUUAUAAAUCUUUGCUAUUCCUGCCAAGAGAGUCUGGGAAAUAUGCUUUCUGCAGAAAGCUUUUUCUUCAAAAAGCAUUUUCCAAAUGAAAAAGAUAAAUCGCAUAUUGAUGAAGAUAAUACAUCUGAAAGUUUGUUAAAUUAUACUCUAAACGAAAAAACAUUUUGGCUAAGUGACAAAGCAACGACCACUCAAGUUUGUCAAUUGGCAAAUAUAGUUGAAGAAUUUACAGAAGUAUGCGAAAAACUUUGUGGUGAACAAUGUAGUAAAUUGCGAUCUGCAUUCAAGGCACAAGCAAUCAAGUUUGUACAAAAAUUUCAUACAGAACGUAAAACAAGACUUACUCUCUUAUUAGAAUCUGAAAGGUGGAAACAGGCUGAUGUUCCACCUGAAUUUCAAUCAUUGGUAACUUACAUUUAUCAAGAAAAUAAAUUUCCUCCUGGCCCAUUUAAACGAGAUGAUGACGUAAAAAAUGAUAGUACUGAAUCAUUCAUUAUAGUAGGAGAAGAAAGAUUUGCAGUCGUUGCUACUGUUUUAAUGCUCAUGCAAAUGAUACAUGAAUAUUGCAGAACUAGCAGUGAGUUAGUAAACUUGUCAGGAACUAUUGGACGGCAAUUAGCAGAAUUAUUACGACUAUAUAAUUCUCGGUGUUGCCAAUUGGUUUUGGGUGCUGGGGCGAUGGAAGUUGCAGGUUUAAAAACUAUAACGAGUACAAUUCUUGUAUUAGCAGCACGUAGUCUAAAACUUAUUUUAUGGUUUAUGCCAAAUAUUAAAAAACAUUUUCAAGAUCUCGCUGAACGACAUCCUAAUCGUGGAGUUGUAGGUAUACCAAGUGUAAGUGGUGGAGUGGCGUUAUUAGAUAGCGUAGAAAGGGAUAUACAGGCUCAUAUAAGGGCGAUUGAAGGAAAAAUUUUAAUUAUUGUUGACAAUUUACUAGGUGGUCAAAUAUCAAAAUGGAAUGCAAGACCACCUGUGCCAUCUAAAUCAUUUAGAAAUAUUUCUAGUUAUCUCAUCAAGCUUCAUGAAGCUGUCUCCGGGAUUUUACCGCCGGCAGAAGUCGAAUCACUUUAUCGUACAGUAAAUACAUCGUUCAAAGAAAAACUUAGGGAGCAAUUAGUAAAGAUGAAUAUAGUGAAUAAUGGUGGUCCGCAACAUGGGGUGGUUACUUUAGAAUUAACGUUUUAUCUUGAAGCAUUAAGAAAAUUGAAAGUUUUACCUAAUGAAGAAUUAAAUGAUAAUUGGAUGAAUGAUAUUUGGACUAGAUAACAUGCAGAGCGUGUAAUAUAUUGCAUCAUAGAAGCAUUGAAACACUAUAGAAAAAGGUGACUAAUCUGUAUGGUUGUCUUCUUCCGUAAAAAUGACAAAACGAUAUUAUUAUAUUGAAUCUGAUAAAACAACAAUUAUAUGGAGGUGGUAAUGAAAUAUUGCUUGCACUGAACUUUUUUCACUUUUGCACUUAACUAUCGUCCUAUAUUGAAAAAGGAAAAAAAAGAAAACGGGAGAACAAGAAUUAUGUUCGGUGUAUUUUUCAAGGGUUGUCUAGAAGAUAUAUUAUUAUUAUUAUUAUUAUUCCUCAUUAAUUUAUGCUCAUUAAAAAAUAAUAAGCGACAAGAAUUUAAUGAAUGAAAACGAUGAACUAUCUUCAACAGACAUGACUAAAUAAAAUAAAAUAAAAUAAAAUAAAAUAAAAUAAAAUAAAAUAAAAUAAAAUAAAAUACAAGUAAUCAUAGUUUUUAAAAAUGAUGAUGAUGAUGAUAAUGAUGAUGAUGAUAACGACGUUCACGACAUUCGCUGUUUAUAUUCUCGUAUUAAAAGGAGUAGUGUUAAAUGGUAGAUUUAAUUAUACACAUAUUUUAUGCUCGUUAAGCAUUUCUACCUACCAUAGUGUUCAAAGCAUUGUGUCAUAUAGGACAAAUAUUAAAUAAAAGAUUAAAAAAUAUAUUGUGUAGAUCGGAAGACAUAAAAAUAGUAACAAGUAUAUCAUUAAAAUAAUAUCCGUCUAUUAGCAUCCAUUUUUUCCAUCGAAUAAUGAAUUAUUGCUCUAAGUUUAGGACUGAAUAUACAAUUUUUUUAAUCGAGUAAUAAAAUAUUUAUGAUAAUUAUUAAAGAAGAAAAAAAAAAAAUAAAAAAGAAUACUGUCCUUAGAUAGUAAUUUAACUUCAAGGUACAAUCAACGCGUUGAUAUUAUCAGUCUGAUUAUUUAUCUAAAUCUUCGUGUGUUUAAUAUAAAAAUGAAAAUGCAAAUGCAUGGUGUCUUGCCUGUUAUUGUUCUUAUUUUAUUUUUUUUUUGCUUAGAGUUUGUGUGCAAUAUUUGGAAAGUGAAAUGAAAGAAAAGAACAUGUUAACCAUGAUUAAACAUUUCAAUUAAAAAAAGCAGCAUUUAUUUAAAUUUCAUUAAAAUUAAUAUUUCUUACGUUAUGUUCAUUUCUAUGUGACAUAAUGUUACAAUUUAUUUGAUUGUAAUCAAAAUAUUAGACAAAUUAAUCGAUGAAUGAUUGAAUUAAUUAUGCUAUAGAUGGACCAAGAGUUAGGCACUAAAAUUGUAAAAUAUGCAUAUACUGUCGGUGUACUUGAUGGACAAGAUGUAUAUUGUUUUCAAACAAAUAUUUCUUAAAAAAGAAAAGUAUUUAUGAAAGAAACUAUUAAACGAAUUUAGAAAUGUUGUGUCAUGAUGCUUCUGAGAGAUGUUCAUUUAUCAUAUUAAUCCGUAUUAAUUAUAAAUAUAUUAUCCAAUUGAUUUUUCUACGGUACUUAUUGCUUACCAUUUAAAGUAUUAUAUGUUUUAUUCGAUUCGAAAAAGAAAAAAUAAUAUUUAAUAAAUCUUAUAUAAAUCUCUCACAUAAAUCUCUGAAACGUAAUAUUCGUGUGAAAUUGUUAUCAAUUAAAUUGCAUUGUACAAAAUGUCAAAGAAAAUUUUAAUUUUAAUCAGGGAUAUUUUAUUCUCCAAAUUAUUCGCACAUUUUCUAUGCUUCAUUUAUGGAUCAAUAUUGCGAAUUGAAAAAUAUAAAACGUAUACGAAAAUUAAUCUUUAUAGAGAGGUUUUCCAAUUUCAUUCGUAUUAAAUUUUCAUUGCGAUGACUCUCGUGACACGAAAAUCAUUUCAAAUAUUUACCACAGUAAUUAAUAUUUGAGAAAAUGGAUCCUUUCAUUUAAAACAUAUAUCAGCGAAAAUCAAUCGUUCUUAUCAUAAAUGCUACAUUGAAAAUAGGUGCUGAUCGCUACUUGCGAUUCAUACAUUCCAUUAUUUCCUUCGUAUAAUAUAAUAUGUUGUAUAUAAAAAAAAUUUAAUAAUGGGUCAAAGAGAAAUAAGUGAGAAAAACAGUUGAUUGUAUUUUUUAUUUUACACGAAAUGAAUAUGUACAAAAUUUAUCUUUUAGCUGCUGAUGAAAUUUUUCUUAAAUCAAUUAAUGAUUAUAAUGAAUGAGAUGAAAAAUAAGAAAAACAAGAAAUAGAAUGUAAUCAAAGGUGGUUGCUAUUUAAAAAAAGUAUCCUUUAUGGAUUUCUUCACCAAGACUGAUGAACUACAUUAUUAGACCAUAGCACUUACGAAUCAGUUGUUUGUUUAGAAAAAGGAGUCGAAUAUUUACAUAUAAUAAAAUGUACCUUAUAACAUCUUAUAUAUAAUGUAUUGCGAAGGCUAUAUAUAAAAAGAAAGGAAAAAAAAAAUGAAUAGA